CUCCGCAAGAGGUCUCUAGUAUGGCUUCUGUAGACCCUUAACUUGACGUAUCGUGCUCAGUUGUUAAACGUGCACGCAGUACACUACGGUACACGAUUAAGACGAUGGCGGGUUCAGCGCUCAGACGGCUAAUGGCAGAGUAUAAACAGCUAACGUUAAAUCCACCAGAAGGCAUCAUUGCUGGUCCGAUCAACGAAGAAAAUUUUUUUGAAUGGGAGGCUCUUAUAACUGGUCCAGAAGGAACAUGCUUUGAAGGCGGAGUGUUUCCAGCAAAACUAAUAUUCCCACCAGAUUAUCCAUUGAGUCCACCAAAGAUGCAGUUCACUUGCGAGAUGUUUCAUCCUAAUAUUUAUGCAGAUGGAAGAGUCUGUAUAAGUAUAUUACAUGCACCCGGUGAUGACCCAAUGGGUUACGAAAGCAGUGCAGAAAGGUGGAGUCCAGUACAGAGUGUUGAGAAAAUACUGUUGAGUGUAGUAAGUAUGUUGGCUGAACCAAAUGAUGAAAGCGGCGCCAAUGUAGAUGCUGCUAAGAUGUGGAGGGAAGAUCACAGUGAAUUUGAGAAGAUUGCUCAGAAAUUGGUGAGAAAAACUCUGGGUAUUCCACCGUAGAUUACGCAAUGUCUGCUACAUCUACCUGUGAUGUUUAUUAAGGAAAAGAGUAAAGAGAAAGAUGAAUCUAAUUUCUAAGUCUCACUAUUGUUUAUUUUGCUCCUUGUAACUUUCAUGAGAAGAACAUUGUACAAAAUAAUAAAUUUAUUUGUGGAACA